AUGGGGGCCGGCCCAGCGGCUGCAUAUUUUAUUAGGGAGGGGCUCCUUCGAAGCAGGUCUGCGCAGUUUGACGUGUUUGAGAAGAGCGCGGGGCUGCUUGGGCGCCUAAAAACAGGCGUGGCGCCGGACCAGUCUGCAAUUCGAAAAACCAUCCCAGGACUCGAGGAGGUGUUCGCUGACAAAAGGGUAAAGCUCCACACCGAAACAGGGCGCGGCCCGCCUCUCCGGGUGAAGGAUCUGCAGUCAGAGUAUGACGCCGUGGUGCUGGCUACUGGCGGAGCGCCAAGGAAACUGGACAUUCCGGGCGCCCAGCAUGUGGUGUCUGCAGACAAGAUGAUGGAGAGCAUCUCAAACAGGCGCCCGGUUGCAGCAAAGGGAAAAAUUGCGGUGAUAGGGAGCGGAAACGUGGCGAUGGACGCCGCCAGAAUGCUCCUGCACUCCAAGCACAUGCGGAAGUACACCAGCGCGCUGGAGGGCGUGUGUGUGGACCGCGUGGACAUAAUUGGGAGAAGCCCCCCAGAAAGCUCCAAGUUCACAAACUCGGUGCUUGCCGAGGUGCUGAAGUACCCAACAACGGUGCAGGUGUCCAAAAACGCAGAAAGCUGGAUGUCCAGCGCGCGUGCGCAGGGCAGCAAAGCAGCGCGCCGGCGGGCCAGCCUGCUGGCUCGCGCAGACAGCAGCAAGAAGAUUCUGCAGUUUGUAUUUGAAGAAACCCCAGUUCGGGUGGAAAAAGUGUGCAGCGGAGGCGAAAAGAACAAAAGCGCGCUUGGGCGCCCAGAAGCAUCUGCGCCAGAGGAAAAGUUCCGCCUCACAACAGAGACCAAAGACGGGCAGCGCACAACAAGAGAGUACGACGGCGUGGUUGCCGCGCUGGGAUACGUGCCACACGACCACGCGGACAUGCUAGAGGGCGUGUCUGCGCCCGUGCUUCGAAUAGGGUGGGCAAAGAGCGGGGCGCAGGGCACGCUGUCAGACGCAUACGCCACCGCCUUGGAGGCCGCAGACACAAUAUUUGCGCAGGAAAGAGCUGCUGGCUUGGAGUGA